AUGUUUGCACGAGUUAUCAAAUCAGCCCCAGUGGGGACUCAUCUUACCGCUGCUUUGAGGGGUCCGGCUUUUAACGCGCGGUUUAUGGCUACCGUCAAUCGAACCGAUUUGUCCCAGACCGCCAACCCUUCUACCAAAAUCAGCCCAUCCUCUCAUGACAGGGCGACUUUCACAAUCAGAGAUGGUCCGGUAUUCCACGGGAAGUCAUUUGGCGCCAAGUCAAACAUCUCUGGCGAAGCUGUCUUCACCACUUCUCUCGUAGGAUACCCGGAGUCCUUGAGUGACCCUUCUUAUCGUGGCCAGAUUUUGGUCUUCACCCAACCCUUGAUUGGUAACUACGGUGUGCCAUCCGCUGAACGAGAUGAAAAUGGCCUUCUUAAAUAUUUCGAAUCCCCGAGUCUCCAGGCUGUUGGUGUUGUCGUUGCUGAUGUUGCCGAGCGCUACAGCCACUGGACGGCUGUUGAGAGCCUCGGUGAAUGGUGUGCUAGGGAAGGUGUCCCCGCAAUUUCUGGAGUUGACACUCGCGAAAUUGUCACUUAUCUUCGAGAACAGGGUUCUUCCCUAGCCCGAAUCACAAUUGGCGAGGAAUACGACGCUGAUCAGGACGAGGCCUUUGUUGACCCGGAGCAAAUCAACUUGGUGCAAAAGGUCAGCACCAAGGCUCCCUUCCAUGUCAGCCCUGGCAACAGUACUGCACACGUUGCUGUUAUCGACUGCGGCGUGAAGGAGAAUAUCCUGCGAAGUCUCGUCAACCGGGGUGCCAGCAUCACUGUCUUCCCUUACGACUAUCCCAUCCACAAAGUCGCUCACCACUUCGACGGAGUGUUCAUCUCCAAUGGACCUGGUGACCCAACCCACUGUCAUGAUACCGUCUUCAACCUCCGCAAGCUGAUGGAGACGUCCCAGGUACCAAUAAUGGGGAUCUGCCUUGGCCAUCAGCUUCUUGCCCUGGCGUCUGGCGCUCGGACCAUCAAGCUGAAGUAUGGCAACCGCGCGCACAAUAUCCCAGCUCUGGAUUUGACGACAGGUCGCUGCCAUAUUACCAGUCAGAAUCACGGAUAUGCCGUGGAUGCUUCUACGCUUCCAAGCGACUGGAAGCCUUACUUCAUCAACCUGAACGACUCUAGCAACGAAGGCCUUAUCCACAAGACCCGACCUAUUUUCAGUACCCAAUUCCAUCCGGAGGCAAAGGGUGGCCCGCUCGAUUCUUCGUAUCUUUUUGAUAUCUACCUGGAGAGCGUGCAAAAAUACAAAACCACCCAAGCUAUGUUCCAACCUCAACGAGACAGCCGCCCCAGCUCUCUGCUUGCUGAUCUGUUGGGCAAAGAACGAGUUGGAGUACAGACUACCAUUGGCGUCCAGACUGGGCCUAUCGCAGCCGACUCCGCCGCUGCUACUGUUGCUGCCGCCGCUUGA